AUGGUGACUGCCAAGGUGUGGGUUCUGAAGAAGCAUUUUGAGGGUUUCCUCAAAACCAGCGACUUUGACCUGAGAAAUAUAGAGCUGCCGAACCUUAAGGAUGGAGAGUUGCUGCUUGAAUCAGUGUUUCUCAGUGUUGAUCUUUACAUGAGACCUUACAGUCAAAGGGACAUGAAGGAAGGGGACAUAAUGAUAGGCUCACAGGUUGCCAGAUAAGAUCUGCAGAUUGUAGAAAGCAAGAAUCCUUCUUUCACUGUGGGGGACUUUGUCAUGCCUGGAAGUGGCUGGAGAACUCAUCCAGUCUCUGAUGGGAAAGAUCUGCAGCUCCUUCCUUCCAGCUGGCCAGAGUCACUCCCCAAAUCUCUGGCUCUUGGGAUGGUUGGCAUGCCAGGCCUCACUGCAUAUUUUGGUUUGAUGGAGGUCUGCAAGGUGAAGCCAGGAGACAUGUUGCUGGUUAACGCUGCAGCUGGUGCUGUGGGCUCUGUGGUGGGGCAGCUGGCUAAAAUUGAGGGUUGCAAAGUGGUUGGCUCUGCUGGCUCUGAUGAUAAGGUUGCCUAUCUGAAAAAUAAUUACAAGACUGUUACAUCUUUGGAUGAAGCACUGCGUAAAGCCUCUCCUGAUGGUUACGACUGCUUCUUUGACAAUGUGGGAGGAGAAUUUGCCAGUAUUGCUGUCAACCAUAUGAAGAAAUAUGGAAGGAUUGCAGUCUGUGGAGCCAUCUCUCAGUACAAUGACUCUGUGCCUCAGAAAGGUCCUUAUGUUCAGUUUCCAAUGAUAUUCAAAGAGCUUCACAUGGAAGGGUUUAUUGUGACCCGCUGGAAUAACCGCUGGGAGGAAAGUCUGAAGGCACUGCUAAAAUGGGUUGUGGAGGGAAAAGUGAAGUGGCAUGAACAAGUUACUGAAAGAUUUGAGAAUAUACCAACAGCUUUCAUUGGAAUGUUAAAGGGAAAAAAUCUUGGAAAAGCCAUUGUAAAAGUCUGA